UUUCCCAGCCGACGUCUUCUCCGUAGGCUGAGAUCCUUAUCUUCCUGGUUGGCCUCAUCUUCAAGCUGCCAUUCUCAGCCGAUCUCUAUCCUCUACCACUCUCUCUCCCUCAGCUCGCGGAGCUCUCUCCUCCUAGCGAGCGCGUCUGCGCCCUGCUCGGCCUCCAGCUCUGGCGCCCGGCCGAGUUUCUCCCCGAGCUCCCUGCCAUGGCCGCCGUGCCCUCUGUUCCUCCAGCUCCAGCGUCGCGGCCCUUCCCCCAGCUCCCUUGUCUCCAUGGCCGCUCGUCCUAGCUGCGACCCCGUCGUGGAGCUCUGCACGCCGAGCUUCUCCCUGGUCUCCCAUGGCGCCCAGCUCAGAUCUCGCCCUGUUCCUCAGCGCGCAGCUCCCUGACGCGUUUUCCUCCCUAUGCCGCACGCUCUGCUCGCCCGGGGUCAGAAUUCGUCGACUGCUCUCUGUUCCUCGCUUCGGUGGCUGCACUCAUCUCCAUCCAUGGAUGUCGCCAUCUCUGCGCCCUGCUCCAUGCUUGCUGCUCGCCGAUUUUCCCUGCGCGACCAGCCGGAGCUCGUUCCAUGGGCGCGGCUUCCAGCUCGCCGGCGUUCGGACCGCGCUCCUCCCUCCAGCUCGUCGAGCUUCUCCCUGCAUCCAUGGCCACUGCGCGCGCCCUCUGCUCCAUCGCGGUGGUUUUCUCCUGCCGGUGCCCAGCCCAGCCAAGCCCCUCCACGCGGCCGUCGAUCAGCCUCCCUGCUCCUCCCAUCGUGGACAUCACCGACCAUGGACAUCUGAUUCCCCGAUGCGCUCCACAUGUUCACUGUUUUGUUCCACCCGUGGACAAUGGCACUCGCCACUCUAGACAUCGAUAUUAUGUUCGUCGUCGCGUCGUCACCGUCAACCUGCUCGGAUCCAUGCCUCGCCAUCGACUCUGACGUCGCGACGUUCCUGUGCCGUGUUGGUUGUGCGCCAACCGCUCAACAAGAUGUGUUGUUGGCCUCCUCGCCGAGCACUGUAUUGCCAUGGCGCGGAUGCCCGCAUUCGCCCCAUCUUCGCGUCUUCUGGAUGUCAGCACAACCCCUCCGCGUCGUCGGGCUCAUCGGCACGCUGCUUGUUUAUAUUUCACGCGUCCGCGACGUCGUCACAUGUCUCCUCGCCAGCAGUGAACGCCCAGGAGAGAAAAUCCCAUAAGGUUUG